AUGGGAAAUUGUACUGGCUAUUGCACUGGAUGCAAAGAGGACGGAUAGCGUUACGACAACAACUAAGUGCGCAAUUCCUACAAAGAAAAAGAUAUGAUAAUUGGUGAAUCCUUUGGGGGCGAAAGAUACUCUGGUCAUAAUGAUUACGCAGACGGAAAUCAGGAUUAUCAGCAGCAAAAUUAAUCCUAUUAAAACGGGCAGGAUUAAUUGUAUGAAUCAUAAGGAGCAAUUCCAAGAGAAAGUCAUUAUUAAGAGGGUUUGGAGGCAGAUGAUUAAGGAAGAAUUUAGAUGGGUGCAAUAACUCUAAAAAAUAAUGCAACUUACACUGGUUAGUGGCUUAAUAACAUGAGAGAUGGUUAUGGACAUUAGCUUUGGCCUGAUGGUUCAAGAUACGAAGGCUAAUGGGCAAAUGACAAAGCAAAUGGUCAAGGUAAAUUGAUACAUGCAGAUGGCGACGUAUACGAAGGCGAGUGGGUCAAUGACAAAGCUCAUGGAAAAGGAACUUACUCACACGCUAAUGGCGCUUACUACAAUGGGGACUGGGUUGAUGAUAAGCAGCAUGGAUAUGGAAUGGAAUCAUGGCCAGAUGGAGCUAAGUAUGAAGGCCAGUACAAAGAUGGCAAAAAAGACGGAAAAGGAAAACUGACUUUCGCUGAUGGAAGCUACUAUGAAGGUGAAUUUGCUUAGAACGAAAUAAGCGGAUAUGGAAAGUAUUACUGGCCUGAUGGAAAGUUUUACGAAGGGGAGUGGCAGAAGAAUAAAAUGCAUGGCAGAGGUAUCCUCUUAUGGAAAGAUGGAAAGAGAUAUGAAGGAGAAUUUUUGAAUGAUAAGCGCGAGGGCUAAGGAACAUUUACCUGGGCUGAUGGCAGGCAAUAUAUAGGAGAGUGGAAGCAAGGAAAAUAACAUGGUAAAGGCAGCUACAUCUCUAAGGAGGGCUCUAAGCGUAUGGGAGAGUGGAAUAACGGGAGAAAAGUGCAAUGGCUCGAUGAGGGAACAACUCAAUGA